GGCUAAACCACCUCCAAGGCUUCCAAAACAUGGCCCUGUCAUCUACAGUUAUGCAAGUCUUGGAACUAAAAAUAAAAGAGAAUUUCAGAAAAUCGAUAGCAGGACUGUAUAGGAUAUAUUUUAGUUAACCACAUUUAAAAUCCUUGCCUUUUAAACUAAUUUUCUCAGCUCUGGCAGCAGUUUGAUCUUUUUAUUGUUUACUGCUACUAUUAUUAUUAUCAUUAUUACCUUUUUCAAUUGCCUCGAGAAGUGCUUAGUGUUUAUACUACUUUGUUCUUUGUAAGGCCUGCACAAUGCUAGUUAGCUAUAUAUAUAUAUAUAUAUAGCUUCCUAUCUCUAUCUACUUUUGCUUUUCCUGUUUUGUUGAGCAGACAUUAAUUAAUGAACAUAUAGGGGAGAGACUGAAAUAUGGUUUGCUUUUAAGGAAGAGCUUUCAUGUUUUCUCCCAAUCCAUGCAACUUUCUUUUUCUCUAUAUUGUUUGCUUCUUUAAGGAAACUAAACUACCCUUUGUAAUUUCUUUCUUCUCCUUUACUGUUUCUUGCUUCCAGCAGUACUGCUCUCGGUAAUAUGUACUUAUAAUAUAUCUCCACCUAUAUAGAAUUUUAUCAAAUCUUAUCUGUCCUUAAUUAAAUGUUUUUCAACUUUCUCUAAAGCUUAGCUUGGGCUGCAUUAGAUUGGCCAUGAAGGGUUCAAGAACCAAAACUUGUGUUCAUGUUGAUCUUCUGCUGUGUGUUCUUCUAUUUGCUGCUGGGCGGUUGAUGGUGUGUAGAGGGCAAAUUACAGACUCGUCAAUAUCGCCAAUGGAGAAGGAAGAACAAGAAAUGCUUUAUUCUGCAAUUCAGGGUUUUGUUGGAGAGUCUUGGAAUGGUUCAGAUCUCUAUCCAGACCCUUGUGGAUGGACUCCAGUACAGGGAGUUUCUUGUGAUCUAUACGACGGCUUAUGGUAUAUUAGCAGUAUCAACAUUGGACCAGUAAUGGAUAACUCUUUGAAAUGUGCUCGUAAUGCAAAAUUCACACAUCAUUUAUUCAAGCUCAAGCACCUCAAAUCUCUUUCAUUCUUCAAUUGCUUCUUUUCACGUACUCAUAAUCCUACAAGAAUCCCCACAUCAGACUGGGAUAAACUCUCCAACUCCUUACAAUCUUUAGAGUUCAGAUCAAAUCCUGGCCUUAUUGGAACUAUUCCAUUGUCUAUAGGCCACCUCAAACAACUACAAUCACUUGUGUUAGUAGAAAAUGGACUGACAGGCAAGUUACCGAUGGAGUUGGGCAGUUUAAUCAAUCUGAAGAGGCUUGUGCUUGCUAGAAACCAGUUUAGUGACCGGAUUCCGGAAAGUUUCGGAGCGUUGUCUGAGCUUUUAAUCUUUGAUUCGAGUAUGAAUUUGCUAUCUGGUUCUUUGCCAUUGACUAUUGGAGGACUGACUUCAUUAUUAAAGCUCGACUUAGGUAACAACAAGUUAGAAGGGAAGAUACCUGAGGAGAUUGGAAGACUUAAAAAUCUUAUACUAUUGGACUUGAGGGGUAAUAAUUUCUCAGGUGGGAUGGUCCAGUCACUUCAAGAAAUGGUUUCUUUGAAAGAGAUGGUGAUGUCAAACAAUCCCAAGCUUGGUGAUGAUCUUAUGGGAAUUGAAUGGAAAAAAUUGCAGAAUUUGGAAAUCUUGGACCUUUCUGGUAUUGGGUUAAUAGGUACAAUUCCUGACUCUAUAACAGAAAUAAAAAGACUAAGGUUUUUGGGACUUAAUGACAACAAUCUGUCAGGUAGUGUCUCUUCAUGUAUGGAAAAAAUGCUUAAUAUUGGUGCAUUAUACCUUAAUGGAAAUAAUUUUUCAGGGAUUCUUGAAUUCUCAGGAAGAUUUUAUGGAAGAAUGGGGAGAAGAUUUGGAGCUUGGAACAAUCCAAAUCUUUGUUACAAGGUGGAAUCCGAAUCAUCAUCAACAAGUCAUUUUCCCUCUGGGGUAAAACCUUGUUUUCAAGAAACCAGCAUUUCUCAUGCAGUCUCAAAUUCCAGAAUAGGUGAAGGGAAUCUGAAUCAGAAUUCCCUACUUGAAGCAUCUUUGGGACAUUUAAGUUUUUCACUUUGUGGGUUUUGGUGGGCUUUUGUAGUAGUACAAGGAUUAAUUUGUUUUCUUCUUUAUAAUAUUUUCUUCUGAUUUA